AUGAAGUGCCCGGCCUGCUCCGGCAUCCGUAUAUUCAAGAGACCGGGACAGGCCCUCAACCCUGAUGUUGAGCCCGUCGAGCUCACAUUCGUUUACUCUUUACUGAUCAAGGGCAAGGGUAGCGGCUGCCAGAUUUGCUAUGCUAUCUUUCGCAGCAUCGAGAUACUCACCGAUGGCUGCCGCGAAGGCCGCCCGAUGAAUGAGUUCCUGCGCAGCCUCGGCUCCAAUUGCCUCGUGGCCAUCAAAUGGACCCCAGGCCGGCCUCUUGAGGUUCGCGCCGACGUUGUCGCCAACAAACCACGUGAUCCACUGCAGCCAGUAUCAACUCACAAGAAACGACCGCGUUUUCAGAUGCGGCUUUGCUUCGAACUGUUUACCGAUGAGAAGUCCAGUCGGUCUAUCCCGUUCUGUCCUGAUUCUUCUUGGCCAAGUUCAGUGCCACUGCCAUGGUUCGGACCCGGGAGAAUCAUAACGAACAAGCCUAGCACCGAUCGACGGACUCGUCUGAUUAAGCAUUGGCUGCAUGAAUGCCAGGAAACACACCCACGCUGCCAGCAAUGGGGAUCUGGCAACUCGUUUGUUCCCAGGCGCGUCUUGGAUCUGAGCGGAAACCCCAGGUCUAAAAUCAGACUUCUGGACGGCUUCGAUCGCAGCAUGGGCGAUUACGCCAUUCUCACCAAGCCUUGUCAUAACGCCAAGAAUGAUACUGGCUUCCGAUCGUCCACGCCGAUGCCGACGUCGGCUCUGCACUUGACUUGGAAAAAUCAUAAAGCCUUUACAAAAUCCAUUCGCUGGGUUGAUCUACCCGCUGCCUUCAAGGAUACUGUAGCCGUUGUAUCCGAGCAAGGCAUCAAGUAUCUUUGGAUCGAUACUCUUUGUGUACUCCAAGAUGAUGACUCAGAUUACUCUUGGCACAUCGAGCACUUGCAAGACAUCUAUAUGAACGCCUGCAUUAAUAUUGCACCUACCAGAAUCCAAGAUUUUGGCGCGUCGUUUUUGGGCCCUCGGAAGCUUUCGCAACCGGAUGAGAAGGAUUACAACCUGGACAGAGACAGCACUCGGCCAAAUCCCACCUUUAAUCGAGCAGAGCAGGACAUGAUGUCGCACGAGAUCGUCUUGACCCAUAAAAACCAGAAAUUCUCUGUCUACAUGAGGCGCAUGCUCUGCCUGAGCCAUGACAGCUUCGGGCUGGGCCCUGGUUGCCCCAGCGCGCAUCACCCAACCACCUCCAGAUCGUGCAAGCGCAGCCGUUCUCGGCAAGACCUGGCCCUAGCACCAAACUUACUGUCGGCGUGGGGUUUUGUACAGCGCAUGAUGGCAAGGAGGACGGUACAUUUCCAUUCAUCCGAGAUGGUAUUUCAAUGCCGGUCUUGGAAAUGUUGCGAAUGCACCCCUUCUCCUGUCCCCCAUAAACCCCUGAGCAAUCCUAGUGAGAUUGCUUAUUCGAGGGUGCCGCAAAUUGUGCAGGGGCAUCCAAUCGAGUUCAUAUGGAGGAUGUUCAUGGGCCAGUACCCCCAUCUCCAGAUGCCCGAUAACGGAAGAAGACUUCAUGCAUUAGCUGGAGUGUUGCCCUGGUUUGAAGCGCAGCUGGGUCGCGAAAGCUUUGCUGGGGUUAUGGCAGCGAACAAAACCGACCUUGCUUCAAAGCUUCUCUGGAUGGUCACCAAGUCGUACAGUGACCGCAGCGAAAGCUUCAAGAGCGAGUCGUCCUUUCAGCCAUCCUGGUCCUGGGUUUCCAUGGUCUCGAAAGGGGUCGACACUGUGGAGAUGCCUCAACGCCACGUGCACAUCGAUCCAUCUUUCCUGAUCAAUGAUGUGUCAUACCGCAGCUCUAUAGACGGCGUGAACGAGUUCCCCAAGCUCAGUGCUCGCUUCUGGUACUUGACGGCCAGCGGCCGUCUGAUACUGGGCAAAAUCAGCCCUAAAUUCCGCAAACAUACAGGCCAUAGCUUUGUGCCGGCGAAUGAACCACUGCUGGAUUAUUUCAUACCACCGCCGCCAAAGCCGAGAACCCCUCCGGUGCAGCUUCCUUUACCCUCAGCACCACCUCCAGUCUCAGCCGGAUUGUGGCCACAUGAGCCGCUGCUUAUUGAUCCCCAGGUAUCAGCAGAUACGGCUGGCACUCGACCGAUGCCAUGGUCAGCGCUGAAAUCGCGUACCCAAUCGUCGGGCUUUCAACCCUCAUCAGAGGUCGACCGUCUGUUUAUGCAGUCCGAGCCAGGACAAACCCCCCGAGCCGUCUUCAUGUGGGAUUGCGACAAGUGGGCAGCCGAGCAGUCUUCGUCCGCCGGCAACUCGCCGAUAUACGCCUACUUUCUCCGCAUCGGGGGUAUCCGCUGCGCUAAUGUGGCACAUGAAGACGAGGUGGAGAUCGAUGGUCAUGUCCUGGACGAAGAGGGCAAUGUGAUUCCUGCGUGGGAUCUGGAUGUGGGCUUGGUCCUCCGGAAAGGACCGAUGACCAAAGCAGCAGUAGCUCGUGCAGCUGCGGUUGUCAAGAACGCGUUACUUUCCGGGGGUUAUUUUGCGCCCGAUAUAUCCAAGUACUCUGGUCCUGGCCUAUGCCUCGAGCGCAUUGGCAUCUUUUCAGUGCCACGUCGUAGGGGCUACUUCAAAAACGCUGAGGUUCAGGACGUCACCCUCAUAUAA